AUGUAUGAUCUUUCAACGUCUGCACCUACUAAUAUUGUUGAUCAAUAUGGUUCUCUUCGAGGGAAAGUUGCUGUUGGUAUGUCCUCUUUAUUUUUAUUUUUUAUUUUUUUUUUAAUAAUUAUAAAUUAAAUUUUUUUAUUAGUGACGGGUGGUGCUAGAGGUCUUGGUUAUGAAAUGAUGCGUUCUUUAGCAGAAAGUGGAGCUUCUGUGGCCUGUAUUGAUCUUUUAGCUGAAACUGGUGCUGAAGCUGUUGCAUCCAUAGAAAAGGAUUGUCAAGUCAAAGCAUCAAGUUGGGGUUGUGAUGUUACUAAUGAUGAAGAAGUAUCUAUGUUAUUUGAACAAAUUGUACAACAUCAUGGUGGUCUUGAUAUUUUGGUUACUGCUGCCGGUAUUAAUCAAGUUUGUCCUGCUAUAGAAUAUACGGCUGCUAGUUUUAGAAAAAUUUUUGAUGUCAAUGUGAAUGGUACUUUCUUUUGUGUUCAACAAGCUGCAAAACAUAUGAUGAAAUUGGGUACAGGAGGAUCUAUCAUUACUGUUGCUUCCAUGUCUGCACAUAUUACCAAUACACCACAAACUCAUGCUCCUUAUAAUGCUACCAAAGCUGCUGUUUUACAAUUAACAAAAUCAUUAGCUUGUGAAUGGGCUCCUCAUAACAUCCGUGUUACUGCUAUCUCUCCAGGUUAUUUUGAUACUGCUAUGAAUCGUCAAGUUCUUGCUCAACAAGGUGAAGAAGGAAACAAGAUGCGUGCUUAUUGGGAACAACAUACACCAAUGGGUCGAAUGGGUUCUCCUCAUGAAUUGAAAGGUGUUGUUGUAUUUUUGGCUUCUGAUGCUUCUACAUUUGUUACUGGAACCGAAAUCAUUGUUGAUGGUGGAUAUACUGCAUGGUGAUCUUAUUAUUAUCUUUUUUAUCUCAAUCUUUUUUAUUAUAUAUUAUUAUUAUUAUAGUUCAUUCAUUCUUUUUUUAUCA